AUGAAUCGGCAAGGCCCAUCAACACUUCUCAAUGCCCUCAGAGGGCUGAGGGUGUCCCCAGCGACCCCUCUACAACCCUUGUGCGCCACAAAGGUCUCUUGCCUGGCCGCCGCUGCCAGGACAUUCACAUCCACAGCCCCUCAAUUGGGAUCAUGGCUGGAACCAUUCAUCGACCGAACGAAGAAGAAGAUGAAGGGAAGACCUAGAGUAGCCACAGGAGGCUCUGUGAAAGGCACGACGAUCAUGAUUGGAGACUACGGGCUGCGAAUGAUCGACCACCACAGGAGGAUAAGCGCGGCACAACUGAAGCUCGCUGAGGCGACCAUCAAGCAAAGACUUCGUGGGCAGAGAUACCGGCUGUACACCAGAGUCAACUGCAAUAUCGGCGUCUACAUCAGCGGAAACGAGAUGCGUAUGGGUAAAGGAAAGGGAUCCUUCGACCACUGGGCAGCGAGAGUGGCAGUCAACCGUGUCAUAUUCGAGAUCAGGGGGGCAUUGCACGAGCAGGUUGCCCGGGACGCUUUCCGACUAGCUGGCAACAAGCUGCCCGGCCAGUACGAGUUCAUCAAGAAGGGGGAGCCGGCUGUUGUUGGGAUUACAAAGCUGGAUGGCGUCACUCUUGAGGAUCUGAAGCGACCACGAAAAGAGCUACCGACUGUGGAGGCACCAAACGUGACACCAGCAGUGACGACGACUCCGUCAUCUGUUCCCCCAUCGCCUCCCGCACCAUAA